AUGGGCGAAGCAGCUCCGGUUUAUUUCCCAUCGCUGUAUGACAGCGGCUCCCCAUCCUCGGAGAAUAAUUUUAACAUAUGGAAGAAACUUGAUGUGUCCACCGAUACCCAACCUCAGAUUCCAACAAAGGAGACAUCACCUUGGCCUCCUGGGUUAGCAAAUAACCUCUAUAAACCACUUGGCUUUUUCUCCACACUUUUAAAAAGUUACUAUCAGCCCAAGCCUAGCUACUACGAUGAUCUAUGUGAGUUGGAGAUAAAAAUGAAGGAAUGCGAGCUAAUGAACAUUACCGAGGAUAAUUUUGAUGCCAAAAAAU